AUAACUGUAUUUUUCUAUUUUUUGUAUGCAGUUUCGUAGCGUGUUAUGUACUAGUUUAUAGGUACAUUUUAGAAAAAGAUAAAAUAAACCAUAAUGUUUUGUCCCAAAUUUACAUGCAAUUCCAUAUUGCAAUGUUUCCUGUGUCAAUACUUUCGUCCAGUACAGUAUAUAUUCCAGAUAUGUAAUAUUUUGUAUUAGAAAUAGCUAUGUAAUAUUCGUCAGAAUACAUAGCGGUUGUUUAUGAUUAUAUAUUCCGCCAUGUGAAAGGGACUUUUCGCAAUUGUACAAGUAUGAAUCGGGUCUCGGUGCGCGCAUCGUAUCGGCCGCACCGAGUCCUCGAAAUCCGGGGGAGUAGCGCCGCUCGCGGGAAUAGCCCACCAGCGGAGCGGUACUCGCUCUGCCCGUUUCGUGCACCAACGAAAUAUCUUCGACUAGACUGAACUCUUCUUCGGGCACCGAAUCUAAACAAUCUCCACUGGCAUGGAGCUAGGAGCACAUUGAUAGUGAUAGUCUACAAGGUACAUUGUUUUCAAAUGUUAGAUCUUGGUUUCUAUGCAUUGCCUGCCAAAGAAGAACUGAGCCCUAUGUUUCCACACAAUUCUAGUUCACAUGAGAUUUCUACAGAAACAAAUGCCUUCGUACAAAAUUCCAUGGGGGAUGUAGUAGUAUUAGGGAAAAACAGUCCGAUAGGGAUGGGGGAGGGAAGAGAAUCAGAGAAUGCUAGGUACUGUGAUAUUGAAUUCAUAAACAACAGCAUGAUGGCAAAACCUACUAGCCAUCUCGAAAAUAUCGUCGCCACUGACUUUUUAACCGUCCUGUCAAGCCAAACUGGCAAGUUUAUCUUGACUAGUCGAAGCUUGAUCUGCCAGUCAGUGGCGUCGUCAACCACAAAACACCCAACAAAAAAUCAUCUUCUAACUUACGAUAAUAAUAAUAAUAAUAAUAAUAAUAUUAUUAUUAAUAUUAAUAAUAACAAUGGUAGUAGUGGUAAUAAUAAUAAUGAUAAUGAUAAUGAUAAUCCUAAACUAAAUGAUCGCUCAAAUCGAGCGGAACAUAAUCAUCAAGACGAUCGAAAACCAACAGUUCAUACAACAACAGCAACAACAACAAAAAGAAAACAUCCGGGCUUGUCCGGUAAGAACAAACCGGUCAGCUCCGCCAAUAACUCUAAGUCUAUGUCUAAGACAUUAAGUGAUAAUAAGACUAGCUUUAGCAUACUAAAUAUUAGGGUACUAAGUAUAAGCGUAAAUCUACGAUUAACAGGAGAUAAGUGUGCAGUCGGUGAAGGGGUACCUAGCCUAGUUAGGAUACCCAAGUCUGAUCGCCCCUCAUCAGGCCACUUCUCUCUCGACUCUCUUGACAAUUACUCCUUACUAGGGUCCUGCCUUCAUUCGGGCAAAUACAAUAACGUUAAGUCUAAUUUUAGCCUCCUAAGUAAUAAUAACGAUAACUACAAGUCUGUGAUAUUGCUCAGCUCAACCAGUAACCAUUAUUUCCUCCGCGUCGAAAUGGACGGUGGUGCGAUUGCAAUGAAAUUAAGAACCCAUUUGGAUUUAUUCAGAUUUUUCGUCAAUUCUUUUUUCGACGGUUUAUCGUUAGAAAAUGAAGAACAAUAUCAUUUCGAAUCGCAGGAUGAUGAACGUUUCACAAUCACAAACACGAUGUUCUUAAUAAACGACCAAACGAUCGAAACCAAGCUUAAGAUUAAUUUCGGAUCAAGAAGUCCAUCGAGCAAAUUUUCUUUGACGCUUUUAGAAUCUAGUAAGAUUCUCAUGGAGAUUAAUUGUGCAUUUCCACGUCAAAAUCAAGACUCAAAUGAACUCUGUUUGUCACGCUUAUGUACCUUUAAGUACCUUCGUUCAAAGAUUCGAAUAUUUUUAUCGACAUAUCCGUAUUCGAAAGCCGAAUCUCGUUUACUUUAUUUGGAAAUCGUUGAUAACCCGUCAGAGAUUAAUUCUUCUGUCUUAGUGACGAUCGAAUGUUGUUCGAUGGAAAUCGACGUUAGGGACAGAGUAACAUUGCAAAACGUCGUUUCGAUGAUAAUCGAAGAGAACUGUAGAAUAUCAAAAGCGCCUUUAAAUUUCAUAACGCUGAAGAAAGUUGAAGCAAGCGAUACGUCGUCGAACGAAGAAUCACGUCUGAUGAAAGAAGGUGAAAACGUGGCCACCAGUUCUUCCAUUACGCUUAUCGUUCCCGGAAACGAGCUAACCGACCAGCAGCCUCCGCGACCUUUCCCAUUGAGAAACGCGCCGAUACGCGCACAAUCCUCUCCUUCGUGGCUCGACCUGGUCGCGAGCGAGCUGACGCAACGCGCAUGUGUUCCACUCUCGUUAGGAUGUAAGCUUUAUGUGGUUAAACUUAGCUGUAAGGUAAUUCGCGAUUUUAGUAUUACGUGGAAGGGGAUACCGAGCCACGAGACUAGUUACAAAAAAAGGACGCAUCUCGAUGUUCAGUUCUUGAGUAUUUCUGUCUGUGUAAUAAACGGGACGACAUUUAACAUACCAAAUUUUAUAACGGCGAUGACGAUAACGUGUCCCCACGAAGGGAUUAGUCACGAGAUCUUUCUUUGUAACGAGGGAGUUUCAAUUUCUUCGAUGAAUUCAUUGACAACGAUCAAUUGUGACCACAUGAAUUCAAUGAGAGAACAUUUGAAUGCCCUGUCGUCGUUCAGUGUGAUAGAUGGUAGGAUGUCGGAUUGGUCGCUUGUAACUUUAAGAAAAUUGAACGAUGAAAUUUUUACCUCCACAACAGUUCUCGCACGAAACUGCGUGUUCCUAUUAAAAAAGAUCUUUAGAAGAAUGUAUUCGAGACUGGCCUCGAAGAACGAACAUCCGGACGCUCGUAUCUCUACGAGAACCACGGGCACGUUGAUCUUGAACUUAAACGAAAAGACAAUGGAGAUGUUGUCCUCGGAAUAUAAUGGUAUUAGUGACGUGGCAACAAUUACUGUUGGUGCUCUUUCAUUUCAGGAUAAUGUUAAGUCUAACGAGCCUUCGGGCACUUAUCUAGCGAGCUAUAAGUACUCGGGGUCACAUGCGUCUUAUUCAAUUAGUUCGUUGCGCUCUAAUUUAUUUAAUAAACGAAUCAAGCUAAGAUAUCAAGCUGUCGUCGGCUUGAUCAAUGAUAAAAUUACCCGAGAGGAUCUCUGUGAUUUGUAUCGAUUUAAAAGAAGGUUAUACAAAGUACACGAAGUUAUCGGAUUUAAUGUUGAGAACGUUUUUACAAAAAGUCUGAUCAAUUGUAAACGACUUGCUCUCGUCGGUUCGACGCCUCAGACUGCCCGAUCGGUCGACGGCCAUCAUUGUAACGCGAAUACCCCGGAUUUGAAGAGGACGGAUAACGUUGUAGACCUUUACGAUUGCAGCCAAUUCGAAAGGUCUCGAACAGCUCUCCGUUCAGAGAAUAAAACGAGUCCCGAAGAUAAUCCGACUACUUCGACCCAGUCAGAUAAGAUCAAUGCGAAGUAUUCGAUUCCUGUUCACUUCGAAAGUAAUGAAACUAUUGUAAACGGCUCAAACCGAACUCAACUUAUCGCAUACGCAAGGAAUCUCAUAGCAGCAUCCCUGGGAGUUUCCGCAGGCACUUUACUACAAGCUCACAAAAAUGAUCUUAAGCAGGCGUUAAAGCUUCUUUUCGGAUCGGUCUACAAUUUAGAUCAGCCCAAUUUAGAAUAUAAGAAACGAUGGGGCAUUCCUGGCAUUCUCAAAUUAGCCGGUGGAGGUGAAACCUCUUUGAACAGCGCUGGAGCUACUAAUUGGGGCUCUACGCAGACCAGUGCUACAAACAAUAACAACAACAAUCAAUCAGGAUGGGGUGGUACCUCGGGAAACCCUUCUGGUAACAGCGGGGCACCUGGAAACUGGACUGGAAAUAGCGUUAACAGAUCUGUUACUGCCAAUCAGAAUCCAAAUCAGAACCAAGGACCCGGUGGACAAAAUGUUCCAGGAAAUGUAAAUAAGGUGAACAAUCCAAAUCAGCAGUCGAAUCAACAAUCAGGGCCACCAACUUCUCAGUCAAGUGGUACGACUCAAGGUGGACAAAACAGUAACCAAUGGUCGCAAGGAAAAUCCAACAACCCUGGAGGGCCUGGCCAAAACCUUUCCGGUCAAAAUAACAAUAAUAGUUCAGUCCAGCAGCAGCAGUCAAAUUCCAGUAGCAAUAAUAAUCAGCCGAAUAAUCAGGCUCAGGGAUCCGUUAACAAUAAUAACACAUCUGCUAGCAAUACCCCUUCGACGAAACAACAACUAGAACAAUUGAAUACAAUGAGGGAAGCACUGUUCAGCCAGGAUGGUUGGGGCUGUCAACACGUUAAUCAAGACACAAACUGGGACGUCCCAACUUCUCCAGAGCCUAGCAUGACUAAAGAUGGAGUUCCAAUGUGGAAGCCACCAGUAAAUAACGGUACAGACUUAUGGGAAGCCAAUCUUCGAAACGGUGGUCAGCCACCACCGCAACAACAAGCAAAAACACCUUGGGGUCAUACACCAGCUACAAAUAUUGGUGGAACUUGGGGCGAGGAUGACGACGCAGCUGACUCGUCAAAUAUGUGGACUGGUGCUCCUACGUCUUCUCAACCAAAUUCUGCAGCUGGACAAUGGACAACCAGCACAGGCAAUCAGUCCGGCAUGUGGUCAGGAUCUAAUUGGGGUGAUCCAAGAAUUGAUCAUCGGGAUCCUCGAGAUCUUCGUUCUGUUGAUCCUAGAGAGAUGCGGGAUCCUCGUGAUCAUAGGAUGUCCUUGGAUCCUCGGGAACACAUGCGUGUGAUGGAUCCAAUGGCUCGAGAUCCUAGAAUAGCCGACAUGCGCGGUGAUCCUCGUGGAAUUUCUGGAAGAUUGAACGGUGCCAAUGCGGAUGCCAUGUGGGGCCAACCUCCGGGUCCUCCACAUCAUCAAAUGGGACAUCAACAUCCUUCGGGACCUCCUACGAAAAUGUUGAAUCCAUCUAACAUAAAUCAGUGGGCUGCCCCACCGCCGAAAGAUAUUAUGCCUGGAAAACCUUCAGGUUGGGAAGAACCUUCCCCACCGACACAAAGAAGAAAUGUUCCGAAUUACGAUGACGGUACAAGUUUGUGGGGUAAUCCUGCAGCCAAUCAAAGGACAAUACCUGGAACUAAAGUUUCUCACUGGAAGGAUCUUCCAACGCCAAAUUUGGGCAGAACAGUAGGAAUGCAAUGCCCUCCAGGCAUGCCACAGAACAGAAUGCCAGGUCAACCUGGAAUGAAACCGGAUGUAAGUGGACCAAUGUGGGGUCAUCCUGGUGCACCUGGCGGACGUAAUGGUAGUUGGGCAGAAGGACCACAUGAUACAGGUUCAUGGGAUGAGCCUAAAACUCCAAGUACCUGGAAUGAAGCUCCGUUGAACCCUGGCACUUGGGGUGCACCUAGUACACAUAAACCUAAACCAAUGGGACCUACUGGAAGCUGGGUCGAUGCCGAUAUGGAUUCUGCUCCCAGUUGGGGUCAUCCUACAAAACCUACUCUCACAAAGGAAGUUAUAUGGAACAGCAGGGAGUUCCGAUAUUUGUGUGAUUUGGGAUUCAAGAAGGAAGAUGUUGAAUUGGCCCUCAGGAAUCGAGAAAUGAACAGAGAAGAAGCUUUGGAACUUCUAAGUCAGUUGCGGCCUUUGGAUCAAUGGAGACGACACGACGCACACUCCAGUUAUGAUCCGACAAAUCAAGCUACAACUGCACCAGCAUAUCCUAGAUUUAAUCACGUCGCACAACAGAUGUCUUUCCCACCGGGUGCUGGAGUACCAAGUGGAAACACAACUGGCAGUGUGGGAGGAUCGGUUGCUAGUGCAAGUUUGCUGAAGUUACAACAACAGCAACAACAAGCCGCUGUUCCGUUACAACAACAACAACCUAGUACUAAUGCACCUCAACCACCUUUUAAUCAGGCUUCCAGAGCUCCUCAAAAUCAGCCUAGUACUCAGCAGCUACGUAUGUUAGUACAACAAAUUCAAUUAGCCGUCCAAGAAGGUUACUUAAACCACCAAAUUCUAAAUCAACCACUUGCACCUCAAACUCUAAUACUUUUGAACCAAUUAUUGCAACAAAUCAAAGUACUGCAGCAACUUCAUCAGCAACAUUCUGUGCAAAGUACAAUGAAGGGUAAUAAUCAAUCAGUCCUUCAGAUAAGCGUACAAAUAACCAAGACGAAACAGCAGAUAGCAAAUCUCCAAAAUCAAAUCGCUGUGCAACAAGCUACUUAUAUGAAGCAACAGCAGCAACAACAGCAACAGCAGCAGCAGCAGCAACAACAGCAUCCGGCGCCACCAUCUCAGAGUUCGGAAUAUUACAAGAGUUCUGUACAUGAUCCCAUGUCGGCGUUGCAGAACAGUUUCACGGACUUGACAAUGAACAAGGAGCCUCCUGUCAGUCAGCAACAAUCAAGACUUAAUCAGUGGAAGUUGCCUUCUUUGGACAAGGACGUAGAUUUAGUUUCAAACGAGUUUUCGAGAGCGCCAGGAACAACCAGUAAGCCAGCAGCUACACCGGCUGGUUUGACACGAUCACACAGUAGUCCUAACAUGAAUCCUUUGUUGGGUCAAGGAGAUGGUACAUGGUCCACCAGACUUGGGGAGAGUGGUUGGCCAGAUCCAGGUAACACGGACUCCACUGACGGAAAGGACUGGCAGCCAACGGGUGCAGCUGCUGGAGCCGCUGCCUUCACCGACCUAGUACCUGAAUUUGAGCCUGGCAAGCCAUGGAAGGGUACCCAGAUGAAGAGCAUCGAGGAUGAUCCUAGCAUUACUCCGGGCUCUGUGGUCCGUUCACCACUGUCUCUGGCAACGAUCAAAGAUCCCGAUGCCAUCUUCUCUUCAAGCAGCAAGACUUCACCGCCACCGCAACAACCUACUAAUCCUGAUACAUCAAUACCAAGUUUAAGUAAUUCUACAUGGACGUUCAAUCCACCUGCCACUACUCCAAGUGCUUUUACAAGUGCGAAAAAUACUUGGGGUGAAUCUGCACCACCACCGACUGCAGUCACUUCAGAACUCUGGGGAGCACCGAUGAGUAAGGUUCGUGGUCCACCGCCAGGACUGAGCAGCAAGGCCACAGGGAAUACAAGCAAUGGCUGGGCAGGUCUUGGCACCGUUGGUAGAUCAUCUAGUUCAUGGGGUCUUCAAUCAAGCACAAAUGCUGGCUGGGUUUCCACCUGGCUACUACUAAAAAAUUUGACGCCUCAAAUUGAUGGUUCUACAUUGAAAACACUUUGUAUGCAGCACGGUCCUGUUCAAGACUUUCGACUAUACCUCAAUCAUGGAAUUGCGUUAACAAAGUACUCAUCGAGAGACGAGGCUAUCAAGGCACAAGGUGCUCUGAACAAUUGCGUCCUGGGCAACACGACGAUAUUCGCAGAAUCACCGGCCGAUAGCGAGGUACACGCUCUGUUACAACAGCUAAGUCAUGGGGGUCAACAGCAGACCGGAGCGACAACCGGAGCAGGUUGGAGUUUACGGCCAUCGAACAAAACUGGUCCACCGCCAGACACGUGGGGCGGGAGUUCCAGCCAAUUGUGGGGCGCUCCGCAAAGCAGCAAUUCACUGUGGAGCAGCACCGGUAUCGACAGCAACGAUCAGCAACGUGCUACGCCCAGUUCACUGAACUCGUACUUACCCGGAGACCUUCUGGGAGGUGAGUCGAUGUAGAGUGCCGCACGGACGGAGCCGGUGUCACUCGUGCGACGACCAAGCCUUCUUCUACUUCACGAUACGUCAAUUAUAUAUUCCGCAUUGUCCGAUGGGCCGGUUCUCGCGAAGAAGUUACUUAAAUCAGUGCCGCGUAUACGCGCAUCCUAAACACGACGCGUAACAAAACUCAAUUGAAACCAGUAACACAGGGAUCUGACUUUUGAUCAUCCUUUUCAUUUCGUUUUCCGUUUCCCGGAAGGGGAUCCUGUUCGAUUCAAGGAUACACAGGAAGGGAGGGGAAAAGAAUAUUUUACGAAUUUCCAAGGUUCUCUUGGUGUGCGCCGUAUUUUUCUCAAAAAAGGAAAACUGUUCGUUGGGAGUAGUAACCCGAUUACAUUUAACAUUACGCAUGGAUGCUGGUUGUUAUCACGUGUACUAUGUGAUAAACGUGUACUACACACUGUUUUACAUAUAUUUUAAAGAAAGAAACAGACAAAAAAAAAAUGAUUAGUAUUAUCACACUGAAUGGAUAUUGCUUGUGUUGCUACUUUUAGUACUUGGUAUUUUUAAAGUUAAUACUAAUUUCAUCUGACGAAUAAUGCGCGUAUGUGUGUACAUUUAAGUGCGCACCAUAUUCGAUACAUAUAUAUAUACAUAUAUAUAAAAGAAGAACACAUAUUUUAAUGACACUACUGAACUAUAAGUAUUCUUCCUUGUGCAAGUCAUCUUUUGAUUAUCGUGUAUUCUUUAACGAUAUUCCGUUUAUUCAAACGAAAACGUGUAUUACUAGCAUAUUUCGAUGUUCAAUUCGAUACGUGUAUUUGGUAUACUGCAAAUCUUCUCGAUGUUUUAAUAUAUUUUAAACUUUUUAUUCGUUGCUGCGCUUAUGCGUUUUAUUGCAGUAAAAAUGGAUAUAAAUCACACGGAUUAUGUUGCAAAAAGAAGAAAUUUUUGAAAUCACGUCUCGAGCGCAUUUUUAACUUUCGGUAUCUGGUAUUUGUGCGUAUCUCUUUUACUCUAUAUACAUGUAUAUACAUAUAUAUAUGUAUAUAUGUAUAUAUAUGUGUAUAUAUAUGUAUAUUUAAUAAACGCACAUUAUUACACGUCGUAUCGGUAAGAAACUACAGUAUAUUUGUAUCUGUAUUUUUUCUUUUAAGUAUUAUUGUUCGUGUGUGUUAGUUCUUUCUUUCUUUUUUUUUUCCGUUCGAUUAACAAGAUUCGUAGUAACGUGCUAAACGCGAAUGCGCUCGUGUGAUUAAUAUUAAAACAUCGACAUGCAAACGAUUUCUUUAAAACAAAUACAAAUUUUUGACUAUUUUUUACGUAUUGAAAAUUAGAACACAAACGAUACGAGAAGGUACGCGCCAUAACACCGUAACCAUAUAUAUUUAGCUUCGAAAAAAGAAGAAAAGUCUAAAGAUUAUAAGAUGGCUGCUUCUAGAUAAUGGCGCCGCCAAUGAUUCCUUAAGAAUGCGCGUGUAAGAAAGUAAAUUAUGAUCGUUGGUCUCAUGAGUGUUCCACUUUUUUGCUCUUAAAGGUUUCCUUUAAUCGAGACUGCGAUGCGUAUCAAACGUAGACUGUACCAAUCUAAUCAAAACAAAAGAAAAAAUAAUAAGCGGAGAAAAGAAAUAAGUUGAAUGAAACAAAAAUAAAAUAAAAAAAAAAAAGGGGGAAGGGAUAAUUACCUCUUUUAAAGAAAACCAAGCAAGGAUCCACAUCGAUGCUUUGGGCUACGUAAAUUACCUCUUCCAUUAGCGAUGGUGAUACAGAAUCGAAUUUUUAAUUGAAUUUCAAUUGAUUUUAAUGAAUCGGCGAGAAAGAAAAUAAUUGAGAAGACUUACGUAUUCUUUGUUUCAUGGACGAUCUGUCACGUCGGUAAGUUCAGUAGAUUUCACACUGCUUAGUGUUAUACUACUAUUUCCGUGGAGAAAUAAUGAUUAAUUAACCUCAAUAAUGUGAUUACUAUUUCUCGUAAAAUAUAUAUGUUAUUAGGAAUAGUACUAAUAUUAUUGUUCUCUAUAGUAAGUACUUAUCACACUUAUUAUAGAAAUAUAAUUGUUUCUCUAUCAGAUGUGUAUGAUCUUCCAUGAUAUACAAUAGAAUCGUUUCUAAAUUAGAACAUUGGUAUUCACAAUUAUUUUUUAUAUGUUGUUAUGCCUGAUGAAAUUGUUUGAAAUGACAUUAACAAUUGAAUUAUUGACAUAUAUGGAAACAUUUUUGAAUCUUAAUAAAGAAUUGAGAAAUGUUUCUUGUGAAAAUCGAUUCUCUAUCUCUGAAAGUGCCCAGAAACCUUUAAAAGAAAAGGGUAUAUUACAUCGGGGUCUGAAUUCUUGCGACAACAACAAAAACGAUACCAAAUGUUAUCGCAAUAACAUAAAUUUUAUUCUAUAUUAAAUCUAAAUGCCACCUGUCGUGCCAAUGUCCAGCGUGUCUCUUUACCAUUUACUAAUUAUAGAGUUAUAACGAA